GGUAGUUUCUCAUCAUCCGCGCUACUACUAGUAUUUGCCCCAACUGGCUCUGUACGGCCUGAGCAUCAAUCGCUUUACAGUUCUACUACUACUUCCAAUCGUUGCUCAAGAAAGGAAAUAUGAUCUCACAUGCACCGGUGGGUCAAGUGUGUGUGCGCUCUUAAAGCUUGGGUCCGUGGGGAGUUCCGUGUUCAAGAACGGAAAUAUGAUCUGCUAUGUACUAAUACCUAGGCACUCCAUCUGUUGGAGCUUUAGCUCAUUUCGGUAAUAGGUUCCCAAAGGUUGGAGACUUGGAGUGCUGUUUGUAAUGCAACUUGUGGAAACAUGUGUCUAUGGUCACUCCUGCCUCAGCUCAGAACGAACUAUAGGAGUGUGGAUUUGGAGGCAGUUGGGUACCAACCUCAGUACACUAUACCUUCUGAACUUUAAGUUCGUUACGCUUACCUUCUGAUCUUUCUGGCCGACUUUUCUCCAUUUUGAAUGUAAUGGAUUGCCUCAGUGAUGAGGACUAAAAAGCAUCAGCUUAUCUGUAGUGACCUACUACUACCUUGUGCAACAAAUAAAAAUAAAAAUCUGCCUGUGUGGCAUCAUCUAGUAUUGCAUACUAUAAGUUGCUAAAAACAAAUUCUAACGACAACGGACUUCUCGUCUGAAAAAAACGACAAGAAUGUGCUUAAAUGUAUUAGUAAGGCACUUGUGUUCUGGCAUGCAUAGGAAGUAGCUUUAAACAUUUACAAGGUGGAUAAGUAUACAUAGCACAGUAUAUUUAUGGAGGGGGCAAGCAAAUGUAAUCAUGUGAAGACUAUUGUUAUCCAGAAAUAGGGUGUAUUUAUUUAUUUAUUUUGACAAUUCUGUAUUGUAGUAAAUCCCCUGCAUAUAUGUGCUAUUCCACUGAACAUGCACGAUUUCAAGGUGAGAUGACAGUAUGCUGGAUCGAAGUGUCAAAAACAGGGGAGUGCGUGCAGUACUUGAAUUCUGAAAUUAUUAGUAAGAUUAAUUAUAUGAAGCCAAGGAUUCUAGUAGCAAAGAAACUAAUUGUAAGAUUAAUCUAUUUGCUACUUCAAAAAAACAUGCAAUUUCAUGUCACAUCAUAGGAAUAUAAUGCCACCACAUGCAUAUGAACAUGUCACAAACUGGUGAACUACAAUAGGAAACAGGGUUUUUGUUGUUGUUGACGGUUUUGCUUUGUGGUUCAAUGUCUACUGAAUAUCUCAGGGGUACAAUCCCCAUGUCACAAACUAGUGAACUACAAUAGGGACAGAAAUAUCACAUCCACAAUUCCACAUGUCCUUUUCUAGUUAUCCUCAACGUAAUAAACUGCAUUUCUGUUCACUAUUUAUGAAACUGCCAUGGGCAGAACAGUGGAUUGUUACAUUAUCUACCAGAGUAAAACAGAGAUCCCUUAUGUUUUAUCCAUAUUAUGGAGUUCCUUUAGGGUGUGUUUGGUUUGGGAACGAAGUGGAACGGAAUGUCAUGGUUCCAUUCCACUAGAAUGGGUCGGCCUGUCCUUAUGUUUGGUAGGAGCAGUUCCAAGGAAUGGAAUGGUUACAUUUUGGUGUUUGGUUUGAGAGAUGGAAUGGAAUGAAAUUGUUCGUCUCACUUUAUUACAUUGAUUCAUACCGAAUUAGAUUUUGAUAGAAAACUAAACUGAACUGAAUGUUGAACACUUGAUUACAUCGAUUGUAAUGAACAGAUGUACUUGACGCUGCAGUACUGAAGAACACCCAGGAAACACAGAAUGCUGAAUACAGAAGAACAGAUGUGCUUGACGCUGCAGUAUAUUGAUCUGGAGAAACACCCACGGCAAAUGUCACUGCACACCACGGGCUCCUUGGUCCAGCAGCCAAAGCUCCCCGAUGAUGGCGCCUUAGGUGCGCCCAGCCUCCAUGCCCGGUGGAAGGAGACGAGUGAGAGGGCUGCCCGGCCUCCCUGCUCUGCUGAAGAAGAUGAUUGAGAGGGCCGCCCGACCUCCCUGCUCGGUGGGACGUGUCAGGUGCGCCCAGCUGGGUCGCGGCCGGUGGGACGGCAAGCAGUGCCAACGUGAGGAUGCGGCGGUGGCCAGUCAUGGCCGCACGCGGUGGGGCUGUAGGCGGGAGCACACGCAAUGUUGCGGAGGGAGCUGCGGCGCUGGGGAGGGGGAGACGCGGGGGUGGCUGGGGCGGCUGCGAGCGCGACGGAUGCGGCGGUGGCCAUUCAUGGCCGCGCGCAGUGGGGCUGAUGGCGGUGGCGCACGCAAGGUUGGGGAGGGAGAUGUGGCGCCGGGGAGGGAAAGACGAGCGAAAGUCGAGCGAACUGUUCCAUGUCGCCUGCUUGAUUUGGAGCUAUCUUGUUGCAGCAACCAUAUUGCAAUGCCUGUGGAGCUUCUCGCUUGCCAUUGUCGAUAUCUAUGCAUUGCUUGUUAAGCGUUGUUUAAGGAACCGCCGUGCUGUUUGCCUGUUCGCGAUUGGAGAUGGGAUCACGGCAGCACUCAUCUUCGGCGCAGCAUGCUCGUCGGCAGGCAUCACCGUCCUGAUCGACAACGACCUGAACAUCUGUGCCGAGAACCACUGUGGCAGCUUCGAGACCGCGACGGCGAUGGCGUUCAUGAGCUGGUUUGCCCUCACGCCCUCCUUCCUGCUGAACUUCUGGUCGAUGGCUUCCCGAUGAAAACAACGAGAGGAAGAUAUAGCUUGACUUUUUGUGCGCCCAAGUUACGGUUUAGCAACAUCUGGAUAGUGGCACAGCUAAUCGCAUCGUGAUCGGAAGCUGAUGUGCGCCUGUGGAGACACACACGUAUCUAGUACUACACCUAUGUAAAAAAUGGAGUAGGUAAUUAAUGGCUUGUCUUUGAACAUUGUGUUGCUAUGGAACUCUACUAGGAUUCUUUUGACCCAGGCAGGCUCGUGCCCUGUAUAACGCUUGAUGUCCUGAACCAAACUGGUUGAGUUUUGCCCUGAA